CUCAGCCGUGCGGGGGCCGCCUCAACUCCAAGGAUGCCGGGUACAUCACCUCCCCGGGGUACCCCAAUGACUACCCUUCCCACCAGAACUGCGAGUGGGUCAUCUACGCCCCUGAAUCCAACCAGAAGAUUAUCCUCAACUUCAACCCUCACUUUGAAAUUGAAAAGCACGAUUGCAAGUAUGACUACAUUGAGAUCCGAGAUGGGGACAGUGAAGCAGCAGAUCUGCUGGGCAAGCACUGUGGGAACAUAGCACCUCCUACCAUCAUCUCUUCUGGUCCCUCUCUCUAUAUCAAGUUCACCUCAGACUAUGCACGGCAAGGUGCUGGCUUCUCCCUGCGCUACGAGAUCUACAAGACAGGCUCUGAGGACUGCUCCAGAAACUUCACUGCCUCCAACGGCACUAUUGAGUCUCCAGGUUUCCCUGACAAGUAUCCACACAACCUGGACUGUGUCUUCACCAUCAUAGCCAAGCCAAAGACAGAAAUCCUCCUCCACUUUCUCCUCUUUGACCUUGAGCAUGACCCGCUGCAGGCCGGAGAAGGAGACUGCAAGUACGACUGGCUGGACAUCUGGGACGGUAUCCCUCAGGUCGGCCCCUUGAUAGGCAGGUACUGUGGCACUAAGAUGCCGUCGGACAUCCGUUCAACCACCGGCGUCCUCUCGCUCACCUUCCACACGGACCUGGCAGUGGCUAAAGACGGUUUCUCUGCUCAGUACUACUUGCUCCAGCAGGAAGUCCCAGAAAACUUCCAGUGCAACGUGCCAUUGGGGAUGGAGUCUGGCAGGAUCUCCAACAUGCAGAUCACUGCCUCCUCCACCUACUCAGAUGGACGAUGGACCCCUCAACAGAGUCGACUCAACAGUGAUGACAACGGUUGGACUCCCAAUGUAGACAGCAACAAAGAGUAUCUCCAGGUGGACCUGCACUUCCUCACUGUGCUCACAGCCAUUGCCACACAAGGUGCCAUCUCCAGAGAAACCCAGAAUGGCUACUAUGUCCGUACCUACAAGCUGGAGGUCAGCACCAAUGGGGAGGACUGGAUGAUGUAUAGACAUGGGAAAAACCACAAGACAUUUCAGGCCAACGAGGACGCCACAGAGGUGGUUCUCAACAAGAUCCACAGCCCAGUGCUCACACGUUUUGUGCGCAUCCGUCCCCAGAGCUGGCACAAUGGCAUCGCCCUGAGGCUGGAGCUGUAUGGCUGGCGGGCCACAGAUUCACCCUGUUCCAGCUUGCUGGGAAUGCUUUCUGGCCUCAUCCCUGACUCGCAGAUCUCAGCCUCUUCCAUCAGAGGCUACGACUGGUCUCCCAGUAUGGCCCGCCUGGUGAGCAGCCGCUCAGGCUGGUUUCCCCGUUGUCCCCAGGCACAGCCUGGGGAGGAGUGGCUGCAGGUGGACCUUGGCAUCCCGAAGAAUAUCAGAGGCGUCAUUAUCCAGGGGGCUCGCGGAGGUGACAGCGUGACCACCACCGAGUCCCGCUCCUUCGUGAAGAAGUUUAAGGUGGCCUACAGCAUGAAUGGAAAGGACUGGGAUUUCAUCCAGGACCCCAAAACAAUGCAAGCCAAGCUUUUUGAAGGCAACAUUCACUACGAUAUCCCUGAAGUCCGGAGGUUUGAACCUGUUCCUGCCCAAUACGUCCGAGUGCACCCAGAGAGGUGGUCCCCAGCGGGAAUAGGAAUGCGCCUGGAGGUGCUGGGCUGUGACUGGACAGAUGUAAAGCCCACUGCAGAGACGCUCGUGCCCACUUUGAAGAGUGAAGAGACCACCAGCCCAUACCCAACUGAUGAAGAGGCAACUGAGUGUGGUGAUAGCUGUGGAGAAGAGGAGGAUUUCCACCUCCCUGUGAACUUCAACUGCAACUUUGAUCUCCCUGAAAACCUCUGCGGUUGGACACAUGACUCAGCAACGGGUUAUAAAUGGUCUUUUCAGCCUACAAGCACCUGGAUUGGCAACUCUGAACCAAGCCCUGAGACUGUGCCUGACGACAAGAAUUACCUGCAGCUGCAGAGCAGCGGAAGGAGGGAAGGCCAGCGAGCCCGGCUCAUCAGCCCCACCAUCUAUCUUCCCCGGAGUGCUGUCUGCAUGGUCUUCCAGUACCAGGCGUGGGGCAGCAAUGGGGUGAUGCUGCGGGUCUGGCGGGAAGCCAACCAGGAGCACAAGGCGCUGUGGGUCAUCACGGAGGACCAAGGGGAGGAGUGGAGGGAAGGCCGCAUCAUCUUGCCGAGCUACGACAUGGAGUACCGGAUCGUGUUUGAGGGAUUCAUACGCAACGGCCACUCAGGAGAGCUUGCCCUUGAUGACAUCCGGCUGGGCACCGACAUCCCGCUGGAGAACUGCAUGGAACCCAUCACAGCUUUCCCAGUGAACUUCCCAAGACUGGAGGAUGACUUUCCAAUCUCUGAGCAAGACUUUGAAGACAACAGCGACCCAGAUUACUUUGGAUCGGAUAGGAACGACACACUGUUCUCUACUAACUCUCCAGGAACCCCAAAGCUGGACAAAGAAAAAAGCUGGCUCUACACCUUGGAUCCCAUCCUGGUGACCAUCAUAGCUAUGAGCUCCCUCGGUGUCCUCCUUGGGGCCAUCUGCGCUGGUCUGCUCCUCUACUGCACAUGUUCGUACGCUGGCCUGUCCUCACGGAGCUCCACCACCUUGGAGAACUACAACUUCGAGCUGUACGAUGGCAUCAAGCACAAGGUCAAGAUGAACCACCAGAAGUGCUGCUCGGAGGCCUGAUGGCUGCCCUGGGCAUCACCCUCAGUGUUGUGCUCGGUGAGGUGGGCUGGCAGGAGGUUAUUUUUUUUGCUGUUUUCUAUGGGAACUGAAUGCCACAACGAGGAACAAGGGGUGCAGGAGGAGCGAGGGGAUGCGCUGCUCCUUGCUGCCAGGUCCCAAUGGUGGGUCACACUCCACCAGGACCGAGCGGGCUUUCCCACAAACCGGACUGUGCCGGGGAAGGGAGGACCAAGUCCCUUGUU